AUGUAUCAGCAUUACCCACAAGAUAUGAUACACACCUUUGACACUGAGCAUCUGUGUCAAGCACAAUGUCAUGUACCUUGCUCUAUGAAGCAUAUUAGUGAUCUGAUGAUGCAGCGAUGGCUCUGCCCUGUCAAGGAAAAGAAUGAAUGGAGUAAUGUGCCAUCUGAAGAUCGUUUUUUGACGGGUUUCACCACAAUCAUGGCCACAGUCAUUUGCCUUGCUGUUUUCGGUGUCUUUUUAUUAGUUUGUAUAACAUGCCUCAUCCGAAUACAUUGCUGUAGAUGUCGCAGGAGUAAUAAUACAUAA